CACCUUGUUUGUAUAUAUAAUUCAAUGGUGUUUUGUUAUUGUUAUUAUGUUCCUUAAUUUUAUAUUAAUUACCUUAGCUCAUAGAAGAAUUUAGCAAUUUUCUUUGGAAAAAUGGCUACUAGCAGCAUCAUCUCAACAAUGAAGGAUCAUGAAGGAGUAGAGAUAGUUUAUGGCACAGAAGAGUGUCAUCGCCACUCGAUCGAGCUCUUGGAAGAGCUUGGUUUCCCAAAGGGUGUUCUUCCAUUGAAGGACCUUGUGGAGUGUGGCAGAGUCAAGGAAACAGGUUUCGUGUGGAUGAAGCUAAAGGCGCCAUACGAGCAUUACUUUGAGAAGACAAACACAAAGGUGAGCUAUGCUGCCGAGGUGACCGGAUAUGUUGAGAAGCUAAAGAUGAAGAAGAUGAGUGGGAUCAAGAGCAAGCAGAUGAUGAUUUGGGUGCCAAUAUCUGAGAUGAGCAUGGAGGAUCCUAAAGGGAAGAAGAUUACAUUUAAGACUCCUAUGGGGAUAGGAAGGUCUUUUCCUGUUACUUCUUUCAUGACUCAAGAGGAAGAGGAGAAGUACCUCCUUGAGUUGAAGGAGAACCAGAUUAAAGAAAUAUAAUUGAACUAGCUUGAAUUAUGUGUCAUGUUCAUGAUGAUUUAUGAAUAAUUGGCAACUAGAUUA